CAUUAGCCUAAAUUUUUUUUUUUAAAAAUACAUCUUAGAACAUCAUGGGAUCAUUGGCAAAAUCUCAGGUGAUUCCUCUAACAAAAAUUUCCAGCGACGAGGAGGCUAGCCUCUAUGCCGUGCAGCUUGGCAGCGCGUCCGUGCUUCCCAUGGUUCUGAAAGUAGCCAUAGAGCUCGACUUGCUCGAGAUCAUGGCCAAGAACGAUUGCUUCUUCGGUGCUCAGAUGUCUCCUUCAGAGUUAGCAUCCCAUCUCCCAACCAAGAACCCUGAUGCACACGUCAUGCUUGACCGGAUCCUCCGGUUGCUUGCCUCACACUCCAUACUGACUUGCUCUAUACGUAAACUACCAGACGGUGGUGUAGAGCGUCUCUACGGACUUGACACUGUCUGCAAAUACUUGACUAAUAACGAUGCCGGUGUCUCCCUUGCCACUCACUGUCUUUUGAACCAAGACAAGGUCCUGAUGGAGAGUUGGUAUCAUUUGAAGGAUGCAGUCCUUGAAGGAGGGAUCCCAUUCGAUAAGGGAUACGGUAUGCCAACCUUCGUUUAUCACGGGAAAGACCAGCGAUUUGCAAAUGUGUUUAACAAUGGAAUGUCAAACCACUCCACCAUUGUGAUGAAGAAGAUUCUAGAGGCUUACAAGGGCUUCGAAGGAUUAUCAUCUGUAGUCGAUGUUGGCGGUGGAAUAGGAGCCUCUCUUCAUAUGAUUGUUUCCAACUACCCAAACAUCAAAGCGACCAAUUUUGAUCUCCCACAUGUUAUCGAGAAUGCCCCGUCUCUUGCUGGUAUUGAACAUGUUAAAGGAGAUAUGUUUGUUAGUGUUCCCAAAGGAGAUGCCAUAUUCCUUAAGUGGGUUUGCCAUGACUGGAGCGACGAACAGUGCUUGAAGUUAUUGAAAAACUGCUAUGAAGCGCUUCCAGAUGAUGGAAAGGUGAUAGCUGUGGAGUGCUUAGUCCCGGUAGCACCAGACUCGAGCCUCUUGACUAAACAAGUAGUUCAUUUGGACUGUAUAAUGAUGGCUCACACCGCCGGCGGCAGAGAGCGAACAGAAGAGGAGUUUGAGUCUUUGGCAAGAAGAGUUGGUUUCAAAGGCUUCCAAGUCAUUUGCAGCGUUUUUGGCACUUACAUCAUGGAAUUCUACAAGAUGACUUGAUCACUUCAACUUUAUUGUUUCUGUUUUGAUGUUGUCUUUUUCUCUUUUCUUUUUGUGAUAUCUAUGUUAAUCGUUGUUUUGUCGUUGUUGUUGUUGAAUUUGCUUGGUCUGAAGUGCUGAACCGUAAAGUUUUUGUUGGUGUUGUACAAUAUAUUACAAUAAUAAGUCAAUACCAUGUUGGA